CCAGAUAAAAUUAUGAAAACAGAAAUGAAGAUUUCAACUACAGAAUUCGAACGAUACAAUAUACCGAAAGCAACUGAAGUUACUGUGAAUCUGAAAGAAUUCCGAGCGUUGGUUAAUUUCGCAGAAACCUAUCAAGCUCCGAUCAGUGUUUACUUCGAUCAGCCAGGAAGUCCGAUGGUACUCGCGUUGGAGAGUGACGUGAAUUUCACCGCAGAACUUGUGAUCGCGACCGUUGACUUUGACUCGUCGAUAAUUGAGCCGAAUUUUUGUACUGCGGCCGUUGAGAGUUCGAAUGAAAUCGAAUGCGCUUCAUCGUUGAGGCAAGCGGUGUCAUCAUCAGUGCAGCAAAAUGCUCAAAAACCAAUCGAAACACAAAGUCAAAAUCGACUAUCAUCCCUUAACAGUCAAAUGCACAAUCAACAAUCUAAUCACAGUCAUAAUCAAUCAUCAACAUCCCUUCAACACCAAAACCAAUCACCGCAACAAAUCAGUCACGAUCGACGUUAUUCAAUUCCAUCACCUAAAUCUGCACCUAAUCAAUCGCAACACGAUCAUCGCACACAUCUUCCUCAAACACCUCCACCACCUCAAUCUGAAGCACCCGAUAAUACCGUGCUAUCACAAGCGGUUGCCAAUCAAAAAUCCAAAUCACAGUCAUUCGCGCAUGGAUCAGUCGCAACUUCUACCGUAACAAUGCCACCGUCAUCUUCAGAUGGAACCGUUGAAUCCGUAAAAGCAACGAAUGGCCAUGACGAAGGAUCGAGUGUGAAGAAGCGAUGUUUAAGAGAAAGUAACGAAAAUGAAAACAGGAAUGAGAUCAGUCAUUCGACGGUUGUAGAGAAUUCGGUUGUUGAAAAUACGAUAAAUGAUGAAAGAUUAUAUCCGAAUAACAAUGCUGACAGUGAUAAAGAUGAUGAUGACGACGUUGAGAUGUUUCCUGAAAGUCCAUCUCCACCUCCGUCUAAAUCCGUUAGUUGUAUCAUCUUAUGUUCAUUCACUCAUUAA